CCUGCGAAAACAAACACGUCACCGUGAAUCUUCUGGACAGAGCGGCCGGUUUCUGGUCUUAGGUCGGUUUGCUGUGAACCCACUGAGGUGGAGCUGGAGCCUCUGGCUGAUCUGGGCCUUUAAUACCGCGGAGGCUGUUUGUAGCGGCCGGAUAAAAUGGAUGACGUGGAAAUAACAGAUGUCGACGACGACAACUCUCCCCGCCAGGUUCCCCUGAAGAACCCGGACCUCAGUCCGCUGAGCUUCUCUGCAGCGGAGUUCCUGUCCCUGUAUGGGUGGCACCUGCUGGCUCUCAGCCUCGCAGUCUUCGUGCUCAUCCAGCAGCUCAGGAAGAGGAGAUCCGACCGGAACCGACGGGAGUCCGUCCUACAGACAAUGCAAGAUGCAUCUCUAGUGGCAAAAAGACAGGAGGCCAUGGAAGCAGCUCGGCGAAAGAUGCAGGAGGAGCUGGACGCCAAAGCUGCCAUCUUUAAGGAGAAACAGAGACAGCAAGAAGAGGAGAAGAGAAGGCAGAAGAUCGAGGACUGGGAGAACAUGAAGCAGGGGAAGAGCUCCAAAGGAAACAAACUGUCUGAGGGCACCGAGGAGGCCGGCUCAUCGUCUGCUGCGCUGAAGCCGAAGACGGACAAGAAGCCGCUGCGCAGUGACGGCUACAAUCCUCUGAUGGGACCAGGAGGCUCCUGCACCUGGAGGCCGGGGAGGAGGGGCCCGUCAGCAGGUGGAUGAGGUUAAACGCUGGAGGUGCUCUGACCACCUCCGGCGUAACGUGCACGCUGACUGCCUGGACCAAGCUGCCAGUGACACAGAGCCCAUGCUUUUACAUCACCGCUUAAACUUCUGCUCUAGAGACGUGAGCACAUCCAUUUAGAAAACCACACAUCAGAAGGUGACUCCGUCCCACUCUCUGAACCCAGAACUGGUUCUCCUUCGCUCAGGCUGGAGAACCUGAUUAUACGGUAGUCAAAAAUCAAACCAAAGCGAUCCUUUUACUGUCCAUUAUUGUCACAAUAUCUUCCUGCUUCGGGCCCUAAAUGUUUAAUAUUUGACAUAAACUUACAUUAUUUCAGAAGGAGCAUUGGAUGAUGAGCUUCAAACGAACGGAUGUGUUAAUGGGUGUACACGCUCACUGGAGUUGAAGUUUUUUUGUUCUGUAUCAGGUCCCACUCUCUCCUGCUAAGAUACCAGGUUUGACAGGUUUUGGGCUAAACUGUGUAACUGAAAGCUUGACAUGAAGCCGUUCCUUGAAAUGGUCUCCAACCAGGAGGUUUGGCUGAUUCUUCCACAGUCAGUGUGCUUUUUCAUGGAUUUCAUUUUGUAUUUCUGAAGGUUUUGAGUUAAGCUCCUAGCAGCAGCUGUAUCUGGUGAUCACUCUGUACAUUCUGACUUUAUGGAUCUGAACAAGUGUAAGGACUUGUCUGUUUCUCUGCUUAACUUAAUGCAAUAAAGACUGUCACUGGGAGUGUAAGUUUGAUCUAUAACUGAUAUAAACUGUACGUUUAUAAAGCCAUGUGAAUGUUCAUUGUGAAGGGAAA